CCAAAAUGCUACGCCAGUCUCAGGGCAAGGACAAAAAAUAGAGCGGCGCGUGCAACAUUGGCAGCUAGGGGUAUUGAUUUUCUGACUGAAAACGUCGACCAUUUGAGGAGGCCCCAAGAGGGAGAGAUUGGCAGAUUUUGAUACUACAGACUCCGGAAAUGGCGAGCGCUCUUACGAGCAGACUAGCUUCAGUCGACCGGACAUCCAGCUUCUUUAGAGUCUCCAUCAACUUUCUCAGAAACCUGAGCACGAACACCUCAGACUCGGCUUCGCCGGCGGUGGCUGGUGCCAGUCCCACUAAGCCGAGGCGGAAGAAGAAGAAGAACUUGUUCGAGGUGGCUCAGUUUUUACCCAACUGGGGUAUCGGCUAUCACAUGGCUAAAACCCACUGGACCACCGUCUCCUAUCAGAUCACCAAAAUUAAUCUGUACAAGGACGGUAGACAUGGGAAAGCUUGGGGGCUUGCUUAUAAAGACGGUGUGCCUGCUGAUGCACCAAAAAAGAUAAGUGGGGUUCACAAGCGUUGCUGGAGGUACAUUCCAAAUUCAAAGAAAACCAAUCAAAGUUCUCCUGAUCCCCAAGUUCAAGCUGCUUAAACCCAAAAAAUGGGGCAGAGGUACAAAUUUUAACCCAAAAAAGGAAGGGCAGAGGUACAGACAAUCCAAUGCAGUUGCUGCUGGACUUUAGUUGCAGGACUGAUGUUUAGGAGCAGGCCCCUAUUUGAUCUUUAAAGUCCUCCUUUCCAUGUCCUUGCAUUUAGAUCCUAGACUGAAAAGCUAAAAAUCAGUUCCUUUAUUUUUUUUUUCUGCUACAUUUCUUGAACUUGUUGAAAGCUUGUCUGUUAAGAUUUCAUCCCGCACCAUUGUCUUGACUAUUUCUGAACAUCCCUUUUGUCC